AUGACAUCGAACGGCCCAGCAAGUUCCGCCAGCGGGAAGUGGCGUCUGAGUAGCUACGAGGAACAGCGGACGCCUCAGGAGGCCAUCACGGACCACACUGAGGCAGCUGUGCAUGCCGAUAGCGUACGUAAAGAGUUCACGUGCGCUGUGUGCAUCGGCCUGCUCAAGGACACCGUCAGGGAGUGCGGGCAUCGCUUCUGCGAGAAGUACAUCACUACGGCUUUGGAGAGGGGCAACCAAAUGUGCCCCUUGUGUCGUACCAAGAUCGAGUCUGAGCGAUCGCUGCUGCAUGAUCGUCGCAUGGACGCUAUGAUCACUGCUCUUUUCUUGAACAAAGAGGAACAUUACGCUACCCGCUUGGGCCAUUCGGCUGUGCGAUCUGGUGACCAGAACGUUCAAACAACUGAAAACAACAGCACCGAGAGCUAA